AUGAACCAAUAUGGUCAGAACAUGAAUAUGAAAUCAAAUAUAGGAGGCAAUGAUGGGGCUUUGCUGAACAAGCGACAGCGACUUUUAAAUCUGAUGAAGAAUACCAAGGAUUCGUAUAUGCACGGCUGGUCAUCAGGUCUCCCACAAAGAACUCUAGAUAGCAUUAGAGGCACGGACUCGGAGAAUCCACCGGAUUCCAACCUACCGCUGGAUAUGGAUAUUCAGUUUUAUCCAACCUACACUACAAAGAGUGAAGAAGGCUACGAAACAAUGGUACGAUUAGCUGUGUUUUCACCAGGAAAUCCAGCCAGCAGAAGAAACCGAAUCUUACUUUCUUUAUGCAAGCAGUAUCUAAGGCCAGCGAACCCGGAGGCAGUAGACGAUGCGAACGAGUCCAAGUUCGAUGACCCUUCAACAUCGGAGUCUACGCUAACUGCUAAAAGUAGUGCCUCUACACUAACUCUAAACGGACUCCAUGAUAACGGAUCACCAGCGCCAGAUGAGCUUGAUGUGCUAAAAAGCAGGAUUGCAGGAUUCAUGAUAAGAAAAAUACCGAAUCUACCGAUCAUCAUAGAUCUACUGUCGCGAGAAGGACCGGGCUACUACGAUACCACUCUCGCGACGACAAAUAAUAUUGGUAAUAUAUCGCUCAGGAUUCGUUCGGAGUUUCUACCGACAGAUAUAAGAAUCACACUUGAUACGCCAACUGAUUUUCCAAAAGUAAUUACUCACCGAUUUCCUUGCAACUUCAUUAAGCCAAAUGGUUAUGGUGUAAUAAGUGAUAUCGAUGAUACAAUAAAGCACACGGGUGUCACUGGCGACAAAAGAUCGAUGUUUCGAAGCGUAUUUCUGAAUGAUAUCAACACAUGGCUGAUAAAUGAUGUUUCGAGAUGGUAUAAAAAGUUGAAAGAACUCUUUCAAGCAGAUUUUUUUUAUGUUUCCAAUUCGCCAGUACAAACAUAUCCAACAUUGUACCAGUAUGUCUCUAAUCAUUUCCCGGCAGGACCUCUUUUUCUCAAGCAGUACACUGGAAAUCUACUUUCUAGCAUUAUGACCUCAAGCGCCAAUAGGAAACUUGGCGCCAUUACCCAAAUUCUAAAGGACUUUCCAAAUAAAAAAUUCAUACUAAUAGGAGAUUCUGGUGAACAAGAUUUCGAAGCCUACCUUUCAACAGCUUCUCAGUAUCAGGAACAAAUAUGCGGAAUAUACAUCCGUUGCUGUAAAGAUUCCUUGAGUGAUAUGGGCUUGAGAGAGACCGAGGUAAUGCAUGAGUUGAACGACAUUAUCAGUGAGCAGUACUUGUCACAUAAAAGCAAAGAGACGCGGAAAAAGAGACCGCCUCCACCUGUAUCAUUGCUCAAACCCGACCUAAGUCCUGAGCAGCAAAAAGAGAUUAAAGAAUCCCGUCUCAAGCCCAAAAAUAGAGAUUUGCCAACUUUGCCUCCCAGGCCUUCAGAGGUUCAAGAUCUAGAGUCAUCCGUCUAUUGUACACCAUCAACGCAAAAUGACUAUGGAACAUACAACCAAUUCUUUGAUAAGAAAGCAGAUGCUUGGAGGAGUAGGGUGUUAAAUGGUGUAAGAACGUUAAAAUCUCUUAACAAAGACAAACCAAUUAGGGUCAUGUUUUUUACAGAUCCUAAAGUACCACUAGAGGAUUACGUGAAUGAAGUUCAGCGUGAAUGA